AUGAUAAUAAUAAUCUUAUUGGUCAUCAUAAGCGAGUUUCAGCUUUGCUAAUCAAAGAUUUUUGAAAUUAAGGAAUAGAAUGGUAAACUCAAAAUUGGAACUAUAAAUGGAUUCGAAUUCGAGUUAUUCUUAAGUUUAGAAUCUCAAAUUAGCAAAUUGAAUUCAAUUUAAAUCUCAAAAUGCACUUAAAAUUGUAACGAUUGUGCUAAGCGCCAGUGUUAUUUAGGUAAUAAAGAACUUGAUCAUUCUGAAAUUAAAUUAUAUGAUUUGGACACUCAGUAAAUGGUUUUUUAACCUUUAACAUAUUUUAACGACUAAAAUCAAAGUCUUUCCAUCUCUACAGUAUCUUUGUCAAAUCCUGGGCAAUAUAUAAAUUCUUUUGUGGAUGAAGGGUUUUAAUUAUGUUAAAGUAAUACAGAUAAAACAUUAGAAACGUCAUUUUAAAUGAAAUUGAAAGACAUCCCUAAAUAAAAAGUAAUAGUGUCGCCAAUUCUACAAUUAAAUUCCUAUAAUUAUGUGUAAAUUAAUUACUUGAAGUUUGGAGAUACUUAGAUUGAUAUAUCAUCUUGCCGAGUUCUUUUUAAAUUUGGACCAGAGCAAGAUAUGAAUACCAAUACUUCUGAUCAUUAUAAUUUGUCUAAAGCUCAAUAGAAAUUAACGAAUAUAUUUGAAAAUUCCGAUAUUAAUCAUUUCCCGCUUUGGCUUUUUAACAUUAUAUAUGAAUAGUUUUAGGAAGCAGGAUUUAGUUAUAUUGAUGAGAAUAAUAGAAUUAAAUUAGUCAAAAGAUAAUUAAACGAAAGUACUAAUGUUAAGUUAGAUUUAAAAUAUGAUUUUAAGUUUUUCAAUAAAGAAAAUGAAGAAUAUCCAAUUACUUAUUCCUCAAAUCAAUAUUUAGAAGAGAUAAGCGAGGGGGAGCAAUGGGUUAAGAUUGCUAUAUCAAACAAAUCUAACUCAAUAAUUCUGGGGUCAUCUUUCUUUCAGAAUAAGAAAAUGUCAUUCAAUUUUAAAAAAAACUAUAUUACUAUUUAGAAUUAGUUUGAUGAGAAAUGCUUUUAAUAUGAAAAAUCUACACUUUAUUAGCAAGAAAUACUUGUAAUAUGGAUAUCAAUUCCAUUGAUAAUUUUACUGACAUUAUUUUAUUUUAAAUAUUAAAUUAAUGAAGAAAUUUCUUAGUUUAAAGUAGAAGAUAAUAAGGAAAUAUGA